AUGCUGUGUAUAUGUGAUCGUUUAAGCACGUUUAAGCCAGAGCGGCUUAUGCCGAAUGCCAAUGAUUGGCUAUUCACUCAUAUUCAGUUUCGCGUGGUUUCGCGCUUGUUCUGUGUACAUACAUGGACGUUAUUGUUUUCGCCUGACGCAUUCCGUUACGGCGUUACGAGAUGUUUCACGAUAAUUUUUCCGCGAGGACAGUUCUCGCAGGCCGUUUGCAUUGCAAAAGCAGAACUGUAAAAUCAUUAUCGUUACUUGCGCGGAUGAUAACCUGAAACCCCGACGAGUCUCUAUCUGCGACGUUAUCGUAACGAUAAGUUGAGGUUAUGUUUAUGUCGCGCGGAGACCACGCUCGCCAGAGUGAAGUAUGAUAACGGCUACGUUUUGAGCUCGGUGCGUGGCCAUGGAUUCACUACGCGUGUUUCACAAUCUCAAGCUUGAUACCCUCGACGAGGAUUGGAUCAGAUCGAUCUGGGAGCGCGAGUUCGUCGUUUACGACGAACCGCCGCACGAGUAUCUCGAGUACCUGGAGAGCGAGGAUGCGAGGCUGCAGCUGCACGAGUGCUGCCGCGUCCUGAAGGCGUGGCUUGUCGCGAACGAGCGCGAGACCCCGGAGUUCUCGUGGCAGGCCUUGAUGACUCUGGAUAUCAACGUGCGCGGUCUGCUCGCCGUCCUGGGUUACGUAAUGAAGACCGGGCAGAAACGUGUCGAGACCGACGGGGAUUUCAGGCAGGCCUGCCUGGAAGCCACGAGCUUGUACCUCAUGCUGCUCGCGAUACCCGGCAGCAACGCGUUCAGAGUUUACCACCCGAACUUGUACGAGAGAGCGAUCGAGACGUUGCAGAUGUCGAGGAGACUGUUUAUCUCCGUUGAGAGUAGCAGGGAAGUACACGCGGAAAGUUCCAAUGUUGACAACGGAUUUUUGAAUCAUUGUGGCCUGUCGCAUUCCGAGAAAUCGAAGCUCACAAGAGAGAUAAACAAAAUCAUUUCCAAUCUCAUUGUAAUGCUAAAAUGGUUUCGUUUUAAGGAGCACAACGAAUCCCUAGACGUCACGGUACGUAUGCUGCUGGAUGUCACGAGGCUGGAGGUGCAUGUCAAGUCUCACCACAAUUACGGGAUAACGUCAUUGUCUCAGAGAGCAUUUGAGGCUCUGCAAGAACUGUGCAGCAGCAAUCACGGACCUGUCGCCAACACCAUAAUGCUAAUUGUGCAAUACAUACUGCCUGAUCUGUUGUUCUAUCACACAAAUGCACAGCCAAAGUCGAUAGUCGUUGUGCACGAGGCAGCUAUAUAUUUUCUGAAGAAUUUGUUGAAGGUUCACGAGCAAGAGACUGUGCGGGGAAUCAUGGCUUUAAUACACCAGCUGAUGGUGAAAUGUCCAGAGAGAUUGGACGGGCGCCAGAGGCAGGCGGCUGUUGUAAUAAAAGUGUUGAAUAUAUGCAACAAAGAUGUUAUCGUAAGCUUUUUCAAAGAUUUAAUAUUAUUCUCGCAUCACGGAAAGAUAUCUUACAGACUGUUCGCGCAGGAGAUCAUAGGGAAGCUCCUGACGGAAUCCUCCCUGUCGAGCGACGACCUGGACAACGACGUUAAGCGGAAGAUGAGAAAGAUUUUGAUAGCCAUCGUAUCGUCCCGUUGCAUGGAUCGCUCCGCCUUCGUGAGGGGGAAAGCCAUGGCUACGUUUGCCCUGGUCUCCGAUUGCAACGACAACGUCGACCGAAUCAUUCUCAAGGGCAUGUUCGAAGCCUCAACCGCGGAUAAAACGUUUCCCGUGAUUGAUGAGCUGAAGGGAGCGUUAUCGGAGGAGGUCGACCCAUUACCGGGGUCAUCUGUCUUGAUCGCGAUGCUGUUGGACAGGAUCAACGACGAGCGUGCGCUGGUACGACGGAGCGCUCUGAAGAUCUCGAGGAACCUGGCCAUCAUGUUCCCGUCACUCGUAGGCAAGAUAAAGCAUGUGAUAAGUGACCGUUGCAGAGAUCCUACGUUGACCGUGCGCCAAUUCGCCGUGCACGUCCUGUCCGAGAUCCUGCUGCAGUUUUCCCAUGAUUCGAAUCUUCUUGACGAAUGGAUACAAGCCGUUGUGCCGCAAAUAUACGACAUCGAGGCCAAGGUGCAGGAAAAGGUGCUAGAGUGUCUGGGGAACGUGUUGCUGAAUAGAAUAACGAAUGCCGCCACGUACGUCCCGGACGCGGCGAGCAGUUUGCCCUGGCGACUUCUGGACAGGCUGAGUGACAUGAGAAUGAGGAAGCAUCUGUCGAAAGCCUGCAGCUUGUGGGUGAAGAACAGCGCAAUCACCAGGUCUCUGAUAUCGAAUUUGCUGUCGCACGUCGGCACGGAUAACACCAUAGGCGCGUGGAUAUUGCUGGCCGCUCUGGUCGAGAAUAUGAAAAUUCCAAAUAUAGAUAAAUAUAUCGCGGAUUACAAGGAAAUCAUCCAGAAGAACGAUUUUCAUGCGAGUUUGAUUUUACACGUUUUGAGAUACGCCUGGCCUGUCUUGGAUCACGAUUGCCUCGAGGACCUCUACCAGCACCUUUACAAGUGUAUUAGUCGCUUUGAGAUCAAUUUUAACUUGAUCAGUAUCUGCCUGGACAUCCUGAGCAGAGUGCUGCGAUAUCUGAAGACUGAGAACAACUUCAUGGAAUCGGACAUGGUAAAAUUAAUGAAAUUGUCGGAGGCGAAGAUCCAAGACUUCUUGGAGGAGAACGACGGCUGCACGCAAGAAAAUACGGAAAAAAUGCGGGCCAUGUUUACUUUGGGUCACGCGUCGCUUUUCUGCACCAAGAGGGUUUCAUCGUCGACGCUGCAAAUUUUUGGAAGAUUGCUACUGCAAUGGGAAUCGCUACCGGAUACGGUGAAGAAGACGAAGGACCUGCAGGCGUCCGCGGUGGUUCUCCUCUGCCAGCAAGCACUGAGGGAUCGCGAGGUGGCGAAGGAAGUCACGCCGAUACUCGGCAAUCUGAUGCGCCAGGAAACGAGUCCGAGCUCAUCGCUGGUGAAUACCGCGGUCAAAGUAAACGCCGCGAAAGCGCUGGCCGACAUUUGCGUGAGAUUCACUGCUCUGGUGGAGCCGUAUCUGCCGGACCUGUGCAUCAGCAUGAAGGAUCCGAAUCCGGCUGUGCGAGAGGCUAUAGUGGUGAUAUUUAUCGAGUUACUGCUGGAGGAUUUCAUAAAGAUGAAAGGACCGUUUUUCUUUCACAUACUGACGAUGCUGUCGGACGCGGACAACAUGAUACGUGAGCUUACGAUCUUCCUGAUGGAAGAGAGACUUCUAAUGAAAAACAAGACGUUGAUCUCCCAGCAGUUUCUAGAGAGCAUAUAUCAUUACAAUAAUUGCCGCUCCCGGAGUGCGUUCUGUGGACAUAGAAUGCGUGAUCAAGAGCGGAAGCUCCUGACGCUGCCCGGGAGAGUGAAUCAGAGCAAGCGUAAUGUCAUUUACGAAUUUAUGCUCGAGCACUUGGACGUGUCCGCGAGGUGUGGACUGGUCUUGAAACUGACCAGGCAGAUACUUCGAGAAAUAUGCGAUGAGAAUUCUAUCGACGUCACGACCGAUGAGGGUGCGUGCGUCCUAAGAGAUGCAGUGUUCAUACUCAGCAAUAAUCGUCUACAACCGUCGUCCCUUGGUGAGAGGCACAGGGACGAUCCAGAUCUUGACGAGACGAGUCCGAGUACGCCCUCGAAUACGUCUAACAACAAUAACAAUGCUAUUAUAGCAACAAUGAAAAAACACAAUUUAGAUUGUUUAUUACCUACGUUAAUUACGCUUAAGAAGAAAUUGGUUACAUUAAAGUCUUCUCUGGAGGAUGACGUGGACGGUCUGUUAUACAAGAUUUAUUCGGAAUAUGACAAGGAUCAGCUGAUCUGCGUAUUAAAUGAAUAUCCUGAAUUGGAAAAAGAAAUGGAUCGUUACCAACGGAAACUGAGAGACAAAAUCAAUUUUGAAAACGAUGACAAUAGAAGUAUUAGUUUGUCACCUACAGCAUGUGAUAGGGAUUCGCUAGCAGAAAUAUGUAAGCGAACAACGCCCCGUGUUCUGCUCCAGCGUGUUUCUACCUCGACAAUAUCGCGAUAUAAGAGCAAUGAAUCGAUAGUUUCCGAUAAUUGCUUGCAAAUCGCCCCGUCUUACAUGUUAAUUGAAAGUCCAUUGGUACAUCCGGAAAGAACGUUGCUGAUACAAACACCACCUCCAGAGCCGAGUUUCAGUACCAGCACACCUAUAUUAACGCGAGAUCUAAGAUCAUGUUCUAACGAUACUCCCACCCGAAGAAAACGAAAGACAUCGUCGAAUGAGCGAGGACUGUCACCAGAUCCUGUUCGACGUAAAAUUCUGACGGACAAUGUGAGCUAAUAAUCAUUUCGAUCUCAGUUUCGAGCAUCUAUGAAAUAGGUACAAAUCUACCUACCUCUUAAUUUUCGCUGCACGCGAAAAGCCGUCUGCGAGAUUGUACACAUACGAGUUUCCAGUUCUUUUUGUAAGUCUACAAACAAUUAUAUAUUUGUAUACAUAACUUAAAAAUUAUAUAUAUAUAUAUGUAACAGGAUGUUUAUUACUAAGAAAAAUAGCGAAAACGGAAUUUUCAGGAAUUUUACUUUUUGUCAUUGAAAACGGAUUUAUUGGUACUCAGAGAAAUUUUGGAAAUUUUACUUUUAAAUUUAAAUUCUAUUUCUUCUUCCCCCUCUGACAAAAUUAUUUCUUUGAUUACUUUCUUUUGAUAAUACAAAAUCGAUCAAUAAAUAUGGCAUACAUUCUUGUGUGAAAACUUGAAAGUUUUUGCAAAAGUUUUAAUGACAAUAGAAUACAUUGUUCUAAAUUAAUGUUAUUAAAUCACUACGAGUUAGAUCCUUGUAUUGCUGGCAAAUCGUUAUAAAUUCGUAUUAUUUCUUUUUACUUUCUCAAAUUUAAUAAUCCAAACUUACAUGACUUGUCUUUGCGAUUGUUGAUGAUUAAGAAACAUUAAAAAGAUAUAAUUAAUAAAAUAAAUUUAUUGCAAAAGUGCAUAAAAAAUUUUCCAAUCUUAUUUGGAAUUUUGAUUGAAAUUCUUGAAAAAUCCUCAGAAAAUUCUCAGGGAAUUCUUUUGCAAAAUUUAAGUAAACAUCCUGGCUACGCAAAUUACAUAAAUUAGAUUUUUCACAUUAUGUUCGGAUACUGCCACACUUACCCUUAUUCGUGUGCGAUAGGAUAUUGUUAUGCAAAUACUUCACAUGAGAAACGUUUUCGACGAUAAGAUAGAUGAGAGCGCGUAUUUCUUCGGCCUAUGUUACAGUAUGUCUCGAUUAUUUUCAUUAUAAAAAAAAGAGUGCAAAGUGCACGGCUUGAAUGAAAACUUGACAAUAUUCAUACAUACUUCGUCGAGCACCUCAGUGAGCUUUUUAUUUUGAGCUAUUUGAAGGUGUACAUCCUGCAGAAAUCCUCUGCCAAAGGUGCUGCUGUUAUUUCGGCUCUGGAGAAAUUAGUACAUUAUAUGACAAUUUUCAGGCUGUCUGCUUAAUUCAUUUGCGUGAGUAUAUCAUUAAUCGCAAGCGAGAAUAACGAUGACUUGAUCCUAAAGCGGAACUUUUUUUUUUGUUUCAUCGAAACUUAUUUGUACACAUGAUUCAUGCGCGAUCGUAUUGUUCGAGAUGGCAAGCAACUCGACAACCGACGGUCAAAGUCUUCUUUUUCGACACAUUUGUAAUAAUUGUGGAAAAAGUAAAAACAAAAAAAAAAAAUACUAACGGCACGCAAAUCGGGCAUACGAUCGCGAAUCAUGAUGAGCACUCCUUUAGAAUUGGCAUGUAACUGAUAAUUUGGUGAGUAGAAUAAAUACGGCACGCUUCGUUAUCUCUCUUAUCAGUGCACUAGAAAUAUCGGGUGAAAUCAGUUUUGUCGCUUCGUAACGCCGUAGUCGAUACAUCGUCGACGACUGAGAAACAUCAGUGUUUCUUCUUUAACUGAGACACGCUUCUGACGUGUACAUAGGUACAAGAGACUUUGCAUCUGAAAUGAAAUAGGAAAUGAGCACUUGGCAGCUGCGCGCUAGAAGGCCGAUGCAAUUAUACGUUUCUUUAUAUGAACUUAUUAUUUCAGUAAUAGAAUAAUAUAUAUGUUGUUGUUUAAAAGCUUUGUCAUUUUAUUUGUCAAAUAAUAUUAGAGACGAUAAUUAAUAGUUUUAAAAGAAAUUUUGUUAAUCAACACUAAUCGACAUUGAUUAUUAGUUUUGUCUGACAAUUUUUUUGCUUUUCUUAUGAUAUUCAAAUCUAAUAUUUGUUUAAUCUUCUACCUAAUAGUAUUGCAUAUUUGCAACAUUCACUUUCUAUAUAUAAAUAUAAGAAUAUAUCAAUAAAUUCGGGAUCUAUGCAGUUUACUUAAACUAAAAAUUGAAAUGUAUGCAGCAUUGAUUACCGAAAUCUAUCAUUAAAGAGACUAGUUGAUAAAAAUUAAAAAAAAAGUAUAUAAAUGGAUUUUUCAUUUAUAAGAUAUUUUUGAGUAAGAUCAUUAAAAAAAUUUAUAUGACAAUAAGACAAUGAAACUUCUAUAAGGUUAAAACAAAACUCGAUGAUAGAAAAGCAAAUCUUUAACUUAAAGAUUUAUCGCUAAGUUUAAAUUAGCUUAUAGUGAUUAAAAACUGCCGAUUAUUUUUAUUAUAAAAAUACAAUUCAUAGUUUAUUUAUGAA